AUGACGGCGACACGGAGACUGGAUGAGCUGGCUGCGGAGCUCAUCAUCGAGAUUGCCAGGAACCUAUGGCUAGGCGACAUGAGCCAGCUGGCCCAAGCCAACCGUCGACUAUAUCAGAUUAUCGAUCCGCUCCUGUACCAGCUGGAUGCGCAGCCAUAUUACCAGUACGCGCUGUUCUGGGCCGCGCGGCAUGACCUGCCCACAGUGGCCGAGCGUGCGCUUCGUGCCGGCACGCUUGCCCUGUCGCGCUACGGAGAACCAUCCUGCCUACGUCCCUUUGGCCAAGUCUUGUUGAACGUGGGGUUGAUAGAAGCACUUACGCCUCCUGACCUUGAUACGCCGAUUCGGACACCGCUCGAUAUUGCUGCAGGUGAAGGACACACCAAGGUUGUGGGCGUGCUGCUACGCCACCUGCAGUCGAUGGAGUAUGCGAAUAUCAAAACGGCGGCUAUUCGACGAACGGCCUUGCACGGCCAAGUCGAGACGAUGGACAUGAUCCUGCGGCACGCGGGGUAUGCACCCGAGUGUGCGGCGCAGGUGGUAGAGAUGGCAUUUUGCGAGGCGGCUAAGGCAGGACAGCGGGCGGUGCUCGAGAGGCUGCUUGAAACAAAGGAUGGUCCUGCGGCUGUUGACACGUCUGCACAGUACUACCGUACGGCCAUGAUGGAGGCUGCCGGAGCGGGUCACGACGAAGCCUGGGAUCUUUUAUCGUCCAUUCAUCCAAUUGUCGAACUUGACGCCAACCCUGUCACACAGCAUGAACAAUUAUUACACCCCCUAAGGAUGCAAGUCACUGGCAAAGGCUGCAGAGGUAUUUUGGAACUCGUCGAGAAGUUCAUCAGUCUGGGCCUCGACCUGACGCGUGAGACGGCGAUUUCAUCACUGUUAUACGAGGCUUGCCUGAGAGACAAUGCUCCGCUCUCGGAAAUGUUACUCACUUAUUCAGCCAAUGAGCAACGAGAUCGGGAAGUGCUUUUUCGCAGAUUUCACAUGUUUCCUCAGGUCAGCAAGAUGCUGCUAGCUCGUGGUAUUCCGCGCAGCAUCUAUGAAGAGGUUUUUCAGGACGCCGUGUCAGGAGAACGCAUCAACGAAGCUUGGAUGGCCGUUUCCGCCAUGCACAGCGCUACACAGUGUAUUGUUGGUAAUGCGGGAGAUAUGCUACAUGUUGCCUGCCAUGGAGCUUCUCUCGAACUUGUCCAACUUCUGCUGUCGGUUGGUUCAUCUCAAGAGAGACGGGACAGGGCGGAGUGGCAGAGACAUAACCGCAGGCCGCUACAAGUAUUAAUGGACAAUGGGAGAGAAGAUGAACGCUUCAAAAUUGCAGCAUUACUACUCGAAGCCGGAGCCGAUCCCAAUCAGCGCGGCGAUAUCGAGCCGAAAGGCGACUCGCCGCUUAGCAGCGCUUGCGCAAAAGGAUUGCCAAAGGUCGCUCAGCUUCUGCUAGAGCAUGGCGCGGACCCUACAUAUUUGGGGAAAGGCCGCAAGUCCGUUCUCCACACUACGUGUCUCGAGUGUCUAGAUGUCGCUCUGAUACAGGAUUUGCUGAACCGAGGUGCAGACCCGAUGGCUAGAACAUUCGGCGGUGCCACGCCGCUUCAUGAACUGUGUCUGGCAAGCAGAGCGAGAGUGAGCGGUAACCCAACUGUCCGAUAUCAGAUUGUCAAAUUGCUCAUUGCUCACGGCGCGGACCCGAAUGCGGAAAAUGCUACUGGCGCCACGCCUCUUCACCAUGCUAGCUUCAAGACUGCAGUAGACCCCGAGGAUGCCAAGGUCGUUUUGGCACUGCUGGAGCACGGCGCUGAUAUUGAGAAGCGGAGUAAGCGUGGGUACGGUCCCCCGCUGUCCCUUGCGUUUUCCAGUGCGAACCCCUACGUUGUUUCUCUUCUGCUAGCUCAAGGGGCGCAUCUAUCCCAGCAUUCGCUCAGUGGAUAUUGCGGCCAGUUUUAUGAACUGAUACGCGACGAGAGUUCCGACGCAUGGUUGCACGAGAUGAUCAAGACCCUGCUUGCCCACGGAGCCGACAAGGGCAUAUUGCAUGGAGGAAUAUUGCUGCCGCUCAGCCAACAAUCGCGCACGAUUAACUCGCUGCGACUGCUGCUGAUGCGUGGAGUGACGCCCGAGAAGGGCGUGAUAAUCGUUCUGAGGAAGAGGGAUGAUAGGCUGCGCACGGAAGCGCUGGCAAGGGCGCUAGGGAUGGUCUCGGUAGAGCCAGGCGGCAGUUUCAACUUUGACACGGAAAGAAGUGUCGCGCUGUCGUGGCCAGAUGAGAAGAAGGAGAAACCACAUUGGAUGGAGGAGGAAGAGGAGGAUGUGAUGUACUAUUGA